AUUUUAAACUCUGCAACGGUACAUAAAGACAAAUUGUCUAGACUCGCCAACAUUUGGCCUAUCAGGGGUGUAGACGAGUGCUCAUUCGCCUCUUUCCUGGUCACUAGACUUUACGCUCAACAUUCAGUGGCAAGUUUACAAGGAGAGGACGUUUAUGGGUUACCAACAACCUCAUAGACAAGAGAGACGACUACAAGGUGAAUGUACGAGGAUAACGAUAAAAAAAGAAACAAAAGUCUCAACCAUGUCACUUUUACAGGAAAGUUCCGAAGAGGACGUCUACAUGAACUGCUUCUACAAAGGAUGCAGGCAUGUGCUGUCGUUUUACAACAGUCCGCCAGUCACAGGCGAGAUUGGCCUUCGCAAUAUACAAGAGAUUACCGCAAAAAGACUUGCAAUGUUACAAUACAUUGAUGCAAGAAGUGAUAUCAAGAUAAAGUCCCUAAAGGUAAAGGAAAAUGAACAACAUAAGCUCGAUCAAAAGACGAACGAGCGGAUAAUGGAAAUUGAAGAGAAAAUGGUAGAGCUAGGAUUUAUGCUCCCAAAGGUUCUCUAUAGUCGUGAAGAUUUUAAAGAAUAUAUACAUAUCGCACAAACUGAUGUCAUUUCACAUUUCCUUUUAAAAAUGGCAUUUUCAAUGGAUAAAGAAAGAAGUGAAUGGCUUAUAAGGAAUGAGUCUCGUCUGUUUGAUAUUCGCCUAGAGAGGCUCCGAAGUAUUAAAAUCCAAGAAGUUGACGGUGUUGACAAGUUGGAAUCGUUUUUGCAGAACCAGGGGAUCUACUAUGAGAAUAUUAAAAAUCCUACAUUGAAUACCAGAUAUAUGAACAAGGAUGCACAAGAGUUUAAUGACUUGAUAAAGUUUAGGACGGAUUUUGCAUUCAUAAACAAGCUUUAUGUUGUUCCAUUUUAUCCAGAUGCCUCCCAAUUGGUAAAGGCACGCUUGGUUACAAUUAGAGAUUCAAUCGCUUAUGUCCCACCAAGCAGCCUUUUUAUUGUAAUUUCAACGCGGUUUAAAAUUUGUCUGCAACAAUCGCUUAGAUUCUUGAGUGAAAACUCGCAAAUUUUAAAUACACAAGUGCUGAGUGAUGAAAGGCUUUCUGGAUUCCUCAAGGUGCUUCCAGAGUCUUACCUCGUUACUGACUAUUCCAAAUUCAAUGUUACUGAGGAGAACAGACUCUCUCUUGCAAAUAUCAAUCAGAUAUACAAGGUCACUUUCCCACCAUGCAUGAGGAGGAUAUUUUCGCAGUACUUAAAGAGUGGUCAUAUGAAACACUGGGGACGUCAACAACUCUGGUUGUUCCUAAAGGGAGCGGGUCUUACACUGGAGGAAUCAAUGAACCUAAAUAGGACAAUUUGGAGCGAUUCAAACAACUUCGAAAAGGAACACGGCUAUAAUAUUAGACAUUUGUAUGGUAAAGAGGGUCGUAGAGCAAACUAUCCGCCAUAUAGUUGCGGAAGAAUUUUGUCAAAGCUACCAAGCAACGUAGGAGGAAGCAUUCACGGGUGUCCAUUCAAAGAACUUGACAAUAAGGGUCUCUAUAGUCUACUGCAAGAGUUUGGACUCACUAGCAAACAGGCUGCUCCAAUUGUAGAUUUAAAGGCGACACACCAAUACCAGCUAGCUUGUGUAGAAUAUUUUAAUCAGACAACGCCAAACGGCUGUGCUGAUGGUAUAGGAACUCACCCAAAUAUCUUCUUCCAAGCUAGCUUCAAGGCACGAUUUGGAAAACAAGAAGAAAAGGAUAUAGAACAGGUGUAA